AUGAAUUCCGUAAAUUUCUUGAAUGAGACGCUGGAGGCGACGUCCACCCUGGUCGCCCGCGCGGCCUCGUCCACCGGCCCAUUAGGCGGUCGGUCACCUUAUGGAUAUACACCCACCGACUGGAUUUGUAUCUUAUUCCUCGUCUUGUAUGGCAUCUCGACUGUCCUCCACAUCGGCGAAGCAGCAAUAACGCGCUCCUGGUUCAUCUAUCCCACCGCCGUCCUCGCCGGAAUCCUCGAACUUCUCGGCUGGGGCGCGCGAUACGCAAGCUCGGGGAAUGUGCAUCUGAAGUGGGCGUUCCAAAUGCAGAUUACUUGCACGAUCAUCGGCCCUACACCACUUCUCGCUGCCAACUUUAUAAUUUUGGGAAGGAUUAUUGAGAUCCUUGGACCCGCGUACAGUCGAUUGAGUCCAAAGCGAUACAGCGUGAUCUUCUGCACGGGCGACGUCAUCUCUCUCAUCGUCCAGGGCCUCGGAGGUGGUGUCGCCUCUGCUGCCUUCGGGAAGGGCAAGAGCCCGGACAAGGGCGGCAACAUCAUGCUAGCAGGGAUUUUGUUUCAGAUGUUCUGCCUCAUUAUCUUCACAUUGUGCUUCAUCGAGUACUUCGUGCGCUACUUCGCCGACAAGCCCGUCAAGUCGCUCGAGCAGCCGGCGAAGCGGAAUCCCAUGUCGCAGAACUUGAAGCUGAUGUCGUCAGGAUUGACGUUUACUAUUCUGGUCAUCUUUGUGCGGUCCAUCUACCGGACAAUCGAGUUGUUGGAUGGCUGGCAAGGUCGCAUUAUCACGACAGAGGUGUACUUCGACGUGAUGGACGGCGCGAUGAUUAUUCUUGCGACGUACUGCCUGAACUGCAUCCACCCAGGCUUCCUGUUGCGGAAGCAGACAGCAGGCGAGAGGAUCAAACUCGAUUCAUUGGAAGGCACUGGUUCGGUGGAUACUCGCACCGAUGCAGUGAAUGCGUGACGGCGGUUCUUUCUCAUCGGACUUGGGAUAGGGAUUUUUGUAUACCUGUACAUGAUAAUUUGUUGUCUACGUACUUACUUCUCGCUCUUUAUUCUAUCCUAAGAAGACGUCUC